CGCACCCCGAAGCCGUGACGCAAUCAACGAGCGACGACAGCUUUGAUUGUUGUUUGUGCAAAUCGUGGCCAGACAAAACUCAGUUUGUUGUUUGACUGACAAGGAGACCAUGGCGGUAUUAUAACACACAGAAAAGUGUCCAACCUGCACAUUCAUGUCUGCUGUCAUCAAUACCAUCUAUGGUUGGAAAAGCUUAAGAACAAUGGCAAAUUUACUGGCUAGAAGAACACCUAAAGGGAAGCGAGAGCAUAACAUCUAGAAAGGCUGUUAUACUGCCGGUCCAACAAACCAAAAGGGAAGCGAGGACAGGAGAGCAGAGAGCGGGUAUUGGGAUGGGGUUAAGAAGCCAAAGGAGGACGUCAUGGUUCACAGCGGCUCUGCUUCCCCAAUGAACACAACACCGUCAGCAUCACCUCAUUUAACUACAGCACCUCCUUUAGUCCCUCCGUCUGGAGGUACUACAGAUCAGGACCAAACCCAGUCCCCCGCUAAACUCCUCACCGCAGGCCUUACGUCCAACUCUGAUCUGACUCAGACCGGCACUCCUGCUGAUACAGAGCAGCCUGUUGUAGCUCCAGCCAAAGCGUUAAGUACUAAGUCAAGCCAGGAAUCAGUGUGGUCUUCUACACAGACACCAACACCUGUUCCCGGCCCAGUCAAUGGCCGCACAUCGGGCAGGAAGAGGACUCCAAAGUCCUGUGACUGUUGUGGCCCCAACAGCACGGGGCACAAUGUCAGAACCUCGGGGACAGGGAAGGGGAGAGGAAGAGGAAGGGUGGCCGGCAGGGACCCUGGGGUCACUCCUAAAAGGAAAGUGGACCAGCUGACGGAUAUCAAGAGCUUUGAUUUGACCAAGGGGGAAGUAAAUGAUGAAGAUAAGGUGCAAAUGCCUGUUGCACUGGCUAAUCCACAGUCACAUACGCCUGUUGCCAAGGCUGUCACCGUCCCCUUGCAGGAAGAAUCCCUAAGGAACUGUGUCAUUCCGGAGAAAGCAGAUGCGCAUAAAAAGGAGGAUGUGUUGAUAGACAGCUCCGCAGCGUCUGAUGUAGUAGAAAAAAGAGGUGGGGAUUACAAGAGCGCAGAUGUCCGAUUGAUAGGUACUGUGGGCGGGGGGUCACUAGUGGUUAGAGGUCAAGGAAGGGGAAUGAUGAAAGCCACAAGCGCAUCGAAUAUGGAAGUUAACACUGAAAUUAAAAAGGGAGAUACAGGUGGUGCUGCUGUCUGUUCUAAAACCGAGGCCUUGGCUCCGUCAGUGGUGCAGAGGGAAAUUCAAGAUGCACACAUGCACCACGGGGACCAGAAUGACCCCAGCUCAGUUAAUUGUCCACUUAGAAACGGCGACACGGUAGACCUGUCUGACACCGAUGAAGAAGGAGAGGAAAACAACAUGAUAGUGACCGAACCUGGAAACAUACAGCUGUCCAUCUCAUGGCAGUCAGGCCCCGCUUCAAGAUCAGGAACAACUCAGGACCUUGACUCUGAGAUGCAGGUGGAUCAAGUCCCCGACAGAACAGACAGAGUUGCUUUAUUGGUAGCGCUGUCCAAUGGAAACGUUAUAGCACCAACAGACCACAACCGUGGAUCUACAACUAUGGAGGUGGAAAGUUCUCGUCCGGCUGCGGUUCCUCCACCAGACUACUGCCCUGUUACAGUGAGCAGCAUCCAACAUGGCUGGGCAUUAAGUGACCACAGACUGUAUUGUCAGCCUGGCACCUGGGAGAAAGACCAGAUGGAUGAAAUGAUGCACGAGAAUCGGUCAGAAAACACAGAUGGAACGACGCAGCAUCAAGAGAGUCUGGAGCAGCUUACUGAUACCAUCCAUGAGUUUCUGGAGAGCUUCUAUAUAAAAUACGGCAGUUUCAUUCCUCUCAGUGAAUCUGAUGUCCGGGAACACCUGAAGAAGGAGAGCAAGUGUGACCUCAGCAACAGUGGGUUGGACAUCAAAAGGGAGAUGUCUCGGUACAAGUCGGGCCUGUCUUCUGCUCCUGUUGCAGGCUUCAUGGUCACGUAUAAUAAACACACACUAAGGCUGGAGGACCUCGGCACACUGGAGGAACAGAAUUGGCUCAAUGAUCAGAUUAUCAACAUGUAUGGAGAACUCAUUAUGGAGGCUACGGAGCACAAGGUUCAUUUUUUCAACAGCUUUUUCCACAAGCAGCUUGUGGCCAAAGGUUACGAUGGCGUGAAGAGAUGGACUAAGAAAGUCGACUUGUUCUCCAAGUGGCUGUUGCUAAUUCCCAUCCAUUUAGAAAUCCACUGGUCCCUCGUCACGGUCACCAUGGCGACCAAAACCAUCAGCUACUAUGACAGCCAAGGCAUCGUGUUCAGACACACCACAGAUAACAUUAUGAAGUACCUUCAGUCUGAAGCAAGAGAGAAGAAACAGACAGCUUUCCAGAAAGGCUGGAAGAUUACUAUAAUCAAGGGUAUUCCUCAGCAGAAAAACGACAGCGACUGUGGGGUAUUUGUCCUUGAGUACUGCCGCCGCCUCUCUGUGAAGCAGCCGCUGCUGUUCAGUCAGGACGACAUGCCUCGCAUUCGCAAGAGAAUCUACAAGGAGCUGUGCGACCGUCGUCUCAACGACUGAACGACCGAUUAUCGGCCGCCUUCGCUCACUGACUUGCUCGCCUGGUUACACGUGAUGGUCUGUCCGAGUGUGUCAGAUGGCCUUUUUCACUGACGGCCAGUUACAUAAGCUAACACAACCUGGCCAUCUGUUUUCCAGGGAGUCCUAACUGCCCAUCUGCCUGCCCGACUGAAAGCUGAGCGGCUGUCUUUUGGGACUUUCGGUCACUUUUGGAGUUCAAUUACAGUCUUGUAGCUCAGCAGAUUUGUUUUUUAGACUCGCAAAUUUUCAAGAACUACUGACGUGGCCCCCUACUGACCUGUACGCUUAGGGUUGUUUCAGCUUUCUACAGCUACCACCUUCAGAGGAUUUUUUUCCGAGACCCCUCCCUUUAAAGAAGCGACUGAACACUUAAUGUCGACUGAAGAAACAAGUGUUACAUCAGCCCGGACCAAUAGGAAGGACCUUUAAUCCUACAUGGAGUGGCCUUAAUGCUAGAUGGCCAUUUUAAACUGAAUGACAGUUUUAACCAUUUGUUUUAUGCUGGACUCCCCAGCAGCGUCACACUCGCAGUCACGUGCAUGUUCUACAACAUGUUAAUAAAGCUAACGUAUGAGUGACAGUGGACCAGACGUUCACUUAAAACUUGAAGGUUGGAGUUGGUUUCGUUCUCUUGGACUAGACGAGAUAUUUGCACGGUUAGAGGCCAAUGAAGUCUAGAAUUUCAGCUGAAUGUACCAUCCAUGUUUUCUUCUUUGCACCACAUGGGCUAAUGGCUUGAAACAGGGAGAGUUUAGUUUUUUGUUUUUUCGAGUAAAGUUUCAGGUUUUUGAGACUUUAUCCCAGCUGAUACCUUAAUAAAAUUCCAGGUUUUGAAUCAUGUUAUCUUUUUAGUUUGACUUUUCCCCCUGUUUUUUCUAUGACCUUAUGAUAAGUUAGUUUCAAAGUGGACUUUUCCAGACAUUUUUGCAAAAAUAAAUCAUGUCUUCGUACUAUAUCAUUUAAACCCAUCAGAUUUUCGUGCUUUUCAGUAAAUCUGCAGUUGAGCUACCCAGCUAGCUGCUGAUCUAAGGACCAGGGUGGAUUCUCCAGCAUUAGUGUCCCUGCUUCAUACGGAUGCAUUAACACAGAUGAGGAAAGUUGUGGUUACAGAGCGGCUUUCGAACAGAGAAACAAGUAGACCUCAGUUAUUUUCAUUCAGCUGUUUUUUUCCGACCUGGAUUUAGUUGUUAUAUUCAAUUAUGUGUAUUUACAGAUUGUAUUGUUCCUUUUUCUGGCCUACUACUGUAUGUGCUUGCUCUGGCUAAGAACCACAGUGGUUUCUGGACUGUUUUUAUUGUUGUUAUUAAAAGGCCAAUACUGCUGGAAACACUGCUGCAUGAUUUCCUGUAAUUUAUUUGCAAGAAAAAAG